AUGGAGGCGAGGGCUGCAUGGGGGCUUGAGCCGCCCUCAGCACUCACAACACCCCCUCCCUCUCACGCCCGCACCCGCAUCCAGAUACCUCCAAAACACUGUCCAACAUCCUUCUCCUACAUGACUACUAUGCUUCCUACAUUUAACACCUGUUCCUCUGAUGAGUUGUAUUCCUCGCUGGUGAAGUCCACCCAUGACUUUUACACCCGGUAUGUCACCCGGCCUCAUCUUACCCGUCUGCACAAUCACGACCUGGCAACCUUCCAGCACCUGUACAAGCUGCACUCUCCUCCCAGCAAGGUGCUUGAACGGAUCUUCCUUAACCGCCUGAUGUUCCGCCUGCAAAACAAGCUUUCGCCGCGACUGUAUGGUUUCCUGCCUCAGCGGGGGACGCACCACUGCCUGUAUGAGCUUUAUUCCCGCCUUUCACCCACCAGUGUUGCAGCAUUUAUCGAUCUUAAGAGUGCUUUUGAUAUUGCGAGUAGAGAAGUCAUACUUGAUCAGCUUGUGGCCUUUGGUGUUAAAGGAAGUUUGUUGAGAUGGACACGCAGCUACCUCAGCAACAGAACUGCUCGGGUCCUUUUUAGGGGCGCGUGUAGUACCUCUAAGGGCUUCGAUUUGGGUACUCCACAGGGUGGCGUACUAAGUCCAUUUCUCUUCAACGUCCUCAUGCAUCGCCUUCUUUCUCUCCUUCCUGACAGCCCUGGCAUUGCAAUUACCUGUUAUGCUGACGACAUCUGCAUCCACGCCUACUCAGCCAUAGAUCUUCAGCAAUUCCUUCAUGCGUUCUAUGCAUCCUCAACUGCUUGUGGCCUCGUUAUUUCCCCUGAGAAGAGUAGGAUGUUCUCUACACGCAACCCUCAGACACUCCCUGUCUUCACCGUGGGAGGCAGUAUUGUCCCUCAUUGCAUACAGUAUACCUACUUAGGUUCACCCGUGCGCAUCACCCAAGCUAUGCCUGCACAACAACGUAUCCAUCCCAUCGUUAAGGAGCUACUGGACAGACUAGAGCAGCGCUUCAUCCCUGUCAAAUGCCUUGCAAACAACAUGAAAGGAGUCUCUAUCCCUGUAGCCAAGACCAUCUACAUAAAGCAGUUGUCCCUUGAGGCCAUCGCCAGUGUGUCUGCUUCGGUUCCUGCUGCACACCAUCUCUACGUUGACGGCUCACUGCAGGCGGACAGGAGUGCGGCGUGUGCUGUGUUCUCCCCCACUGUGGCGCCGCCGGGAGAUGGGAAUAUGCUGAUGUCAGACGUCAACGCCCGUAUGGUGAAUCGCAGAAACCCUGAGCGUCCUGACAGUGUAUCCUUCCGACAUUACGACGCCUUCAUGGACACCAAACACAAAUAUCUUCGUCAUGGCCUCAUGAUCCGUAGACACAAUGUCAAGCAGUUGUCCCUUGAGGCCAUCGCCAGUGUGUCUGCUUCGGUUCCUGCUGCACACCAUCUCUACGUUGACGGCUCACUGCAGGCGGACAGGAGUGCGGCGUGUGCUGUGUUCUCCCCCACUGUGGCGCCGCCGGGAGAUGGGAAUAUGCUGAUGUCAGACGUCAACGCCCGUAUGGUGAAUCGCAGAAACCCUGAGCGUCCUGACAGUGUAUCCUUCCGACAUUACGACGCCUUCAUGGACACCAAACACAAAUAUCUUCGUCAUGGCCUCAUGAUCCGUAGACACAAUGUC